AUGGGAUCAAUGGGCAAAUCGCAGACUCUCGUCGAGUUCGCAGAUCAAGUGGCAGACACUGCUCGUGCCAUCGCUGCCUUCUGCAAAUCUCGAGGCUAUCCUGAACCAACUUUGCAUCCUUCAGAGACGGAAAAAGCUCUGGACAUACUUCCAGUCGAUGCUCCAUUGGACGUGCAGAUUGCGAGACAAGAUCUAAUCGACGCCGCCAAGCGAGUACAGCAGAUUGCUACUGAUCCCGCCCAAUUUCUGCCUGAGCUGGCUGUGCAUCCCCAACACAUUGCAUGCAUCCAAUGGCUUUGCCGCUUCCACAUCCCAGGCCUUGUCCCCUCCCCUGGCACGGUAUCGUACGAAGAGCUAGCGAACCUCGCCAACGUGCCCCUCGAUGUGCUUAAGAGCGUAGUACGAAUGGCCAUUUGUGCCCACUUCUUCGAUGAGCCGAAGCCGGGACACAUUGCUCACACUCGUUUAUCUGCACACUUUGCCAAGAGUGCUGCACUGCAAGACUGGGCUGAGUUUCUUGCCGAUGCCACCGUACCGAUGGCUAUCCGAUUCGCAGAUGCUACUCAACGAUGGGGUGCCACGAAAAGCAAAACGGAGACCGCGUUCAAUAUUGCUUUGGAUACUGACCUGCCGUUCUUCGACUAUCUGAACAAGACGCCAGACUUCAGAAAACGAUUCGCAGGGUACAUGCAGUGUGUUACUUCGACUCAAGGGACGGCAAUUGAGCAUCUGAUUGAGGGCUUCGACUGGGCUUCUGUCGGCAACGGUCUCGUCGUGGAUAUUGGUGGAUCAAGCGGUCAUGCAAGUAUCGCUCUAGCACGAAGCUAUCCAGAACUUCGUCUCAUUGUCCAAGACUUGCCAAAGGUCAUCGAAACAUCCGUCGCCCAAGCUUCAAGCCUGGAAGACUCGGUCAAGUCUCGCGUGACCUUCCAGGGGCAUAGCUUCUUCGAACCCCAACCAGUCAAGGACGCAGACUUGUAUCUGUUACGCAUGAUCUUGCACGACUGGCCAAAUGAUGAAGCUAAGACCAUCCUUGGUCACAUCCGCCAGGCUAUGAAACCGACUGCUCGACUUGUCAUCAUGGACACGGCGCUGCCCGAGCCAGGCACCAUCAGUCUCAGCCAAGAGAGUCAGCUGAGGGUCAGAGACUUGACGAUGCGGGAGACGUUCAACGCUCAUGAAAGAGAGAUGGAGGAGUGGAAGGCGCUGUUGGCAGAGGUUGACAAGGGAUGGAAGGUCAAGAGGGCGGUGCAGCCAUUUGGUAGUAAUCUGAGCGUGAUGGAGAUUGCUUAG